UUUUCGAAAACCCACAAUCAUUAUUACGAUUGUGCGAGGUUUCAGAAUAUGACGCCUCGCGAACGGUUUAAUAUUAUUAAAAAUAAUAAAUCGUGCAUUAAUUGUUUAAGUUUACGACACACUGUGUGUAAAUCGACAAACGUAUGUAAGCAUUGUCAAUAUAGGCAUCAUACUAUGUUGCACUGGAUCGAUAAUAAAAACCCAGUAAAUCGAGCAACAGUCACUGCUACACAUGAGCAGGCGGCUCCGGGCGGUGAGGCUGUAUCUUCCCCACCCGCGAGUACUUCAGCUCGGGCGAACCUGUUUACGCUCGGCGCGAAGAACGUUGUGCAUCGACGCUCUGAAGUUGGCCCGUCCGCUUCAGCUGAUAUUAUUGAUAACACUACGAGUGAUGUUGUGUGCGCUAUGUCAAGCGCUGUACAGACCUCCGCUCGUAGCGGGAACGUUUUGUUAGGUACGGCCUGCGUGAAAGUACUUUGUAAAGAUGGUUCGCAAAAACAAAUUCGCAUUUUAAUUGAUAUGGGUUCACAAAAUCAUUUUAUUACGAAACAGUGUUGCAAACGAUUAGGACUUCGUACGAAACAUAUAGAUUACUCACUUUCUGUUAAAGGUAUUGGCGACAAAGCAUACCCAAUAGGGAGCUAUACUAAUUUAACUUUAAUAUCAAGUUAUGAGUCGGGCUACUCGCUACAUAUUAAUCCAUUUGUAUUGAAUAAAAUAUCAAACAAUUUGCCUUCGGCAAAAAUAAAUACAUCAUGCCUUAGUUAUUUACAAAAUGUUACGCUUGCAGACCCGGAGUACAAUGUACCCGGUCAUAUCGAUUUAUUACUUGGAUCCGAAGUUUUUACGGAAAUCUUGCGAUCGAAUAAGGUAGUUGGCCCGCCCGGAUAUCCGGACGCAUUAGAGACGGCGUUUGGUUUUAUUAUAAUUGGUUCCGUAGAAAAUAUUCAAAUUAAUAAUUCUGUACAAAAACAAAAUUCUAUUUGUAGUUUUUUCACAUCGACUGAGGAUUCUCUCGAACAUUUAGUUAAUUGUUUUUGGUCUUUACAAGAGGUGCCUUCUGCUAAGUACUUGUCACCUACUGAACUUCAAUGUGAAAACUUUUUUAAAAAUAAUACGACACCGUAA